CCCUGAAGCGUUAGACGACGAGCGGGGCUUCAAUCUACUCUCUGGGGAGGAGCGGACGCAACUGGUAUUCUCCCCUCUUCAACGAUAUCCGUGUAACCACCCACUGGCUGUAAGGAGACGACUUUUACUCGGUUAACGGAACCAAAAGAGGAUGCUUUUUGCGAUGGACGCAGCGCAGCUUUGGCCGUGAGAGACGGGCGUCAGUGUGGACGUACUGAUGCAGCAGGUGUACUGACGCAUAAAGAAGACCGAAGCAAAUCUCAGUGUUCAUGAAACUUUGUUACGAUUUACGUGCUGGGGUUGCCGUCCACCAUGUUAAGGUAAAGCCCAGGUGCGCGGUGUUGACCAUGCUAAAGCGCCUGGACAAGAUCCGCUUCAGAGGUCCAAGGACAAGAGACGACUUCCCGGAUCUGACUGAGUCGCCGCCCGCCUCUGACAACGAAUGUAGCGACGACAUGCAGCUUAAGCCCAGAACAGCUUUACGAGACACAGACGACGUCCUCAGAGAUCCCGCUGGUUCAGGGUCUCCCACUAUGGCUGCUGCCAUCCAGGACUACCAGAGGACGGAAUCAGACCGUCUCAAUGAAGUCAAAGGUCACCUGGAAAUUGCCUUACUGGAAAAACACUUCCUGCAGGAGGAGCUGAGGAAGCUUCGAGAGGAGACAAAUGUAGACUCUCUGCGGCAGGAGCUGGAGAGGGAGCGAAGCAAGAGGUUAGACCUCGAGCAGAAGAUGAACGAGGUGCUCAAGUCGAGACUUGAGGACUCUCCACCACAGCCUCCUCGAAAACAGCAGUCACCCUCAAACAAUGGAGCAGACAAACCGCAGAAGGAGAUAUGGAGUUCACGGUUGCAGAAGUGGCUGUACGAGCGCUUCGGGGUUUACAUCGAAGACUUCCGCUUCCAACCAGAGGAAAGCACAGUUGAGGCUGAGGAACCGCUAAGUGCUAAAAGGUUGACAGAAAACAUGAGGCGACUCAAGAGAGGAGCCCGACCUGUCACCAACUUCUUAAGGAACCUCUCUGCCUUAUCUAAUUGGCACUCUGUCUACACCUCGGCGAUUGCCUUCAUUAUCUACAUGAAUGCUGCGUGGCAUGGCUGGGCCAUUCCGAUGUUCCUCUUCCUAGCUAUCCUCCGCUUGUCUUUAAAUUACCUCAUCGCCAGAGGUUGGAGGAUCCAGUGGAGCAUUGUGCCUGAGGUCUCUGAGCCCAUGGAGCCUCCAAAGGAAGACUUGACUGUAUCUGAGAAAUUUCAGCUUGUACUCGACGUUGCACAAAAAGCACAGAACCUUUUUGGGAAGAUGGCAGAUGUUUUGGAGAAGAUAAAGAAUUUGUUUAUGUGGGUGCAGCCGGAGAGCACACGGAAGCUGUACAUCUGCCUGUGGGUGGCGUUUAUAAGCUCCUGUGUCCUACCAUACAAACUAAUGGGCUUCAUGAUGGGUUUGUAUGCAGGUAUUAAGUUCUUCAUCAUAGAUUUCCUGUUCAAAAGCUGUCCGAAGCUACGGGACAAGUACGACACGCCUUACAUCGUAUGGAACAGCCUUCCCACCGACCCUCAGCUCAAAGAGAGGACCAAUGCCACUGUGUCACGGCGGCUCUCUGGCACUGAGAAGAUUCAGCCAGUCGUUUCUCGGAGCAGCCUCGCAACCAUCCCAUGCGGGGUGAGCAGGGACGAGGAGGCGGGUCGCUCCCACAGCACCAAGAAGGGAGUGUUUCACGAGAUCUUCAACCUGCCGGAGUCGGAGCGCCCCCUACUGGUGUGCGAGAAUGGCUGGCGGUGCUGCCUCAUAAACAGAGACAGGAAGAUGCCCACGGAUUAUAUCAGGAAUGGAGUUCUCUAUGUUACAGAGAAUUACCUGUGCUUCGAGAGCUCCAGCUCCAGAUCCAGCUCCUCCAAGAAGAAUAAAGUUAUCAAGCUGGUGGACAUCACUGACAUCCAAAAGUACAAAGUGCUGUCAGUCCUACCAGGAAGUGGGAUGGGCAUCUCCAUAGCCACACCGUCCACUCAGAAGCCGUUGGUGUUUGGAGCCAUGAUCCACAGAGAUGAGGCUUUCGAGGCCAUCUUCACCCAGUACAUGAAGAUGAUGACCACCACCAAACCCCCGGCCACCACAGAGCUUUAGACGGCCUGCAUCCAUAGGCAGAUCCUCGGGCUCUGGCUAAAGUCUGGGACAAAAGCCUCCUGGGUUUGAUUCAAACACCACAGUCCUCCUUCUCCUCUUGUUGUGACGUGCUGCAGCUUCCUGAGCUCAGAUUGGCAGAGUGUCUUUCAGCCAUUGUGGUGGCACAUGCAUUAUGACAAAGGUGACAUUUUUGUAGCAGUUAGAUGACUUUAAAAUCCUGCUACAUGGGGGAGAAGUGAGAUUUUAAUUCAUUUUUUUUUUAUAUAAGCAAUCAGCAGAGAUGUGUUGAGGAGGCUGGUUCUCCUCUUCUGACUGAGCAACUGACCAACAGACUGGUUUUCUGAUGUUGUUGUUUAUGGGUUUGCAUGUCCGUGUGUGUGUGUGUAAGUGAGAAUUAAGGUCUUAAAUUGAAUUUUUGUGUUUCUUCUUGAUCGACGGUCUGUGUGACUGCAGCCUGACCGCAAGUACAACCAGUAAAACACCAGGAGGAGCUGAUGAGAAACAAAUCCACAAACACAUGAGCUGAAGGAAGUGCGCCUCCUGGUGUCACGUUGUGAUACACAAUUGGUCAGUAAGUUUAGUUUUUUUUUGUGUGUGUGUGUGUAUUAGCUGUGAAAAUGUCUGAUCGGACACGGAGCCUUUCUGUUAGUUUACAUUGCUGCUGUCAUUUCUGGCUCUGAUUUUUUUUUAGUCAGACUUGCCGUGUGUGCUGUGUUCAGCGUCCGCUUUAGUGUUUGUGUGCGUAUGUGGAAAACGUUUUUUUUUUUUUUUUUCUUUC